AUGGCCGUCAUCAAGACCACCGUUGCAAAGUCACAAGACAUCAAAGAUGCGGCGCUCAACCUCAACAUCAAGGCAUAUGAGGUGCGCCGAACUUUGGCCGCCGUGUGGGAUGUCGAGCCUACUCGCGCGCAACCACCGCCACCCGAGGCUGCCUUCUCCCUCGACAUGAAAAAUGAAAGCUCUGAAAGCGUCAUCGGAGACGGAGACGAGCGUGUCUUGGUCGACAAAAUGCACUUUGCACCUGGUGGGAAAUACCGAUCGAUUGUAAAGCUCUUCAUUCACUACGAGUUCCAAAAGCCUGGUAGCUGGGCCAUGGGUACCGGCUGGCUCAUCAAGCCUGACAUCCUUGUCACUGCUGGACACUGCAGCUACGACUGGAGCCACAAGCUCGGCCGUGCUACGGAAGUGAAAGCCUACAUUGGAUACGAUGGGCACCAGGCGGAGAAGGACCCAAACGUUCAGUUCAGGCAUGUCAAGAGAAUCGUCACAACCGAAGGCUGGGUCACAACUAAAGGUCAAAAAUCCUUUGAUGUAAGCUUCAUGCAAGUCGACAAACCCUUCACUGGAAUUACUCCCCUACGAUUUGAGGAGACACCUUCUCAAGGGAACAUAGUCCUCGGUGUUGUUGGCUAUCCAGGUGACUUGACCGACAAGCAGACUUGCGAGAAAGGAGCUCAUAUGUACGAAAUGUUCCUUCCGACAAAGUUUGACCUCUCCACACAAGCCGACACUAUGUUGGAGUAUCAGAUUGAUACUUUUGGUGGUAAUUCUGGAUCUCCAGUCCUCAGACAACACGACCUGGUCUCCAUUGGAGCUCACGUGUACGGAGGUUCAUUCAACUCUGCUUCGGUCAUUGGGAAAUACGGCAAUCCUUACGGAGACUAUAUCGCUGCUUUCGGAUUACCCUUGCCAAAUGCUGCCUUGAAUCUCAUUCCCGUCACAGGAAAUACAGCUAUAUCCGCUCCUGUGCCGUCGGGAUAUGGCUCAAGCAUUCCGGGUAGCAUGGCUGCGACUGGCCCUGCGAUCUGCGAUUUUUGCAAGUCCCGCAACGUUGAAACUCCUCAUGCUUCCCAAGCGCAGCACGCCUCCCAAGCAGCGGAGGGGGCCCAAACACCGAAGGCCCCCAAAACACCGGAGGCCUCUAAACCACCGGAGGCCCCCCAAACACAACCCCGCUCUCAAUAUCAGCGACCUACAUCUACCAUGACGAAGCUCAUCCAGAAUGGCGGAGUUGCUCAAGGCCGAACUCUAAUUGCCAAAAGCCAGCUAACUGAGGCAGACGAGGAAAGUUUCAUGACCGUGCUGAGGACUGUAGCAUCUGCGCUUCCUACUGGAUUGGGUCUCAUUGGCGGAGGCCCUAUCGGUGCGCUGGCGGGAUUCGCUUUGAAUGCCGCUAGUAAAUUCAUGACCGAGACGACGGGCGCUGAGAGCGCCAUGGACGCACAAGACAUGCAUGAAGGUUCCAUGGAAAGAGCAAUCCUGGCUGAGGCAACGCUCAGCGCUCUUCAAUCAGCAGAAAUGCAUCCCGAUCUGGAGGAGAGUAUCUUCAACGACAUGAAGGAUACAGUCAUGAAAGCGCUACCUGUCAUCCGCAAGGCGGCUCCUCAUGUGAUGGGUGCUAUGAUGGAACCUGCUCUGAGAAUUGCACUUGACUCACUCCACAAUUACAACCAGAAGGUAGCAUCCGGCGCAGAAAGUGCUGAAACCACCUGGUCAGAACAUUUCCGUCCGACUGUUCUCUACAGUUCCGCCAUCGACCAGCCAGCUGAUCAUAAGGCCGAGGCCUUUCUAGGUCAUCUUCAAGCGUCUAUGCAGCAGAACCUUCAGGAAUCUGCCAUGGACGAUGGCUCAGAAGAAAGUCUCCAGGAUAUCAUCAAAGCAGGUAGUCGUUUGGCCAGUAAAGGCGCGUCCGCUGCGGCCAAGUACGGUCUUCCCAUCCUACUUGACAUACUGAAACAAUCCGGUGGCGCCGAAGCCUUUGAAGAUGAACCUAGCUCUGGCCCAGCCGCUCACCUUCUCGCUGCUGAUCCUCUUGCCCAGCGUGCACUUGUCGCAGACGCUGCCCUUACAGCAGUGAUGAAGUUCCCACCCCAGCAGUUGCAAGAGGAAGGCUUCUUUGACUUCAUCACCGAGGCCAUCAAGGUCAUUGCGCCUAUCGCAAUGAAAUUUGCCCCCGUCGUCGCGGGAGCGAUUAAUCCAACCCUUGGCAAAGUUGUUUCCACUGUCCUCAAACAAGAAUCUACUUUCGCUGGCGAAUCUGCCAACCCCGAGUCUACCACCCGCGGAACUACUAGACCCAGACUUGCCGUCACUCCUGGCCUCUCUGCAAAACGCAGUCUUUAUUCCCUUCGCAAUGGUAGCGCCCAUGGUAACGAAAGGCGCAACCGCUCCGAGCACCCAGGAACCAACGGGUCUAAACGUGGACCAUAUUCUCGACUCGGCAGCCAGCUGGUCUACUGA